AUGGAGUAUACGCAUGUUGCAACGCCGGAACGGUGUUAUGCUGACUUCUGUUUGAUUCCCGUCGGCACAGGCAAUGUCUCAGUCGCAGAGGAAGUAGCCGAGGUGCAGAAGCUGCUUAAGGCCAGUGGACUCACUUACACGAUGCAUUCUGCGGGGACUACUGUUGAGGGAUCAUGGGACGAAGUCAUGAAAGUCAUCGGACAGGCACAUAGUGUAGUCCAUUCUAAGGGUGUUGUUCGUGUGCAGUCGUCGAUGAGGGUUGGGACUAGGACGGACAAGAAGCAGACAGCGGCAGACAAGGUCAAGCGUGUUGAGGAUCUUUUAGCAAAGCAAACUACCAGCUCUUAA